GGACUCGCUGAAGCUUUUUUAUUCCCUCACUGUAGAUUUUCCACUAAAGACCCGCUGGACUGGGUUGAGUCUCUUAUUUAAUUCAUUAGACACUGACAAGAGUUUAUUAUAAUUCAACAUUUCAGGCAUUCCCAUCCUUUUUCAGUCGGAUCCUGUUUUUAUUUCCACAUUAUUCUUUUGGUCACUUUUUCUUCUAUCGGUUGGAUUUACAAAGGGCGUGUUUGGGGCGAUCUGUACCGGGAGUUUCAUCUCCUGUACUGGUGCGACUGUGAGGAAUGACAGCAACUGGGAAUCGCUCCGCCUGAAUGGAAACAAUGGAUUAUAAAGAGCUGGGACAUCAUUUCGAGGAGAAACUGACACUAACAGACAAAUCUCUUCCUCUGCAGACGGAGUCUCAGUCCAUCCAGAAUGGGGACAAGUCUCUGGGGAAGGACAUCCUGACUUCAGAUGACUCCGCCGUCACAGACCUCUCUCCUAAAACAGACUCCAGCCCCAUCACAGAGACCCCCACCAACACAGAUGCCUCCUGCAAGACAGAUGUGAGGCCCUCCACCCCGGGCAGCAGCCCUCAACCCAAGAAAGAUUCGAUGAGCUCAGAGCAACGACAGAAACUUGCCAAGGAGCGGAGAGAGGAAAGAGCCAGAUAUAUUGAACAGCAAACUCAGCUGCAAGCCACAAAGAAGGUCCAAUGGCUGGAGAAAGAGGAUAAAGCCCGACGUCUGAGGGAGAGUCAGCUGGAGGAUCGCAGGAGAAAACUGGAGGAGCAGAGGCUGAAGACCGAGAAACGCCGAACUCUGCUGGAGGAGAAACAGAGACAAAAACUAGAAAAGAACAAGGAGAGAUAUGAGUCCGCUAUCAAGAGGUCGACAAAGAAGACGUGGACUGAGAUCCGCCAGCAGAGAUGGUCCUGGGCGGGAGGACUCAACCACACUUCCCGCAGAGAAAGCAGAUGCUCGGCCUCCACGGUCAACUUGCCGAGACAGGUGGACCCUGUCAUUAACAACAGGCUGUCCAAGUCCUCUGCCACGCUCUGGAACUCCCCCAACAGAACCCGCAGCCUGCGUCUGAGCCCAUGGGAGAGCCGGAUCGUGGAGCGGCUCAUGACGCCGACGCUGUCGUUCCUGGCCCGCAGCCGCAGCGCCGCCACCCUCCUCAACAACAGCGACUCUCCCUCGCUCAACGCCUCCCAUCACAGCCCGCACCAGAACGCAGAGCGCUGGAGGCUCUCCUCCGCCAGCACGCCGGACAUCACCCUGCGCCAGCGCCGGCGAAACUCCACACCGUUGGACAAAAAGAAGAAAGAGAAGAAAGACAAGGAGAGGGAAAAUGAAAAGGAGAAGAACUCUCUCACAAAAGACAACGUGCCGAAGAAGAGACAGACACCAUCGCCCACCACCCAGAGGUCCAGGCCAACCAGCAGCACCCCGAAGCCCAGAAACAGACCUCCAUCACCCGCCGCCCCCAAAAGUCGCCCCCUGUCCCCCAUGGUGCCGGCAGCACCUUCUAAGACCCAGGCGGGCAAGAAGACCCCUCCUCCUGGCACCAAGAUCCGGCCUAAACGGGCCCAGACGCCUGCCAGGGUGUCCCAGACGGUCACUGCAGUCGCCGUGGAAACAAGCCAGCAACCCCAGAAGCCCGACACUCCAGAAGAGAAAAAGACCUCCAGUCCUGUCCCUGCCAUCGUGGUGUCCUCUGAACCGCUGACUCCUCCUCUCCUCCACCCCUCCGAGGCUUCAGCUACCUCUCCAGCUGCUCCCAGCGUAGAGGCUGCUGCCCCAGCUGCUCCUCCUGCUGCAGCCUCCUCCAGUAAUCCUGCUCCUUCUGCAGCACCAUCUCCUGGCCCUGCAGCCUCCAAGUCCUCCAGUAAACCUGCUCCUUCUGCAGCACCAUCUCCUGGCCCUGCAGCCUCCAAGUCCUCCAGUAAACCUGCUCCUUCUGCAGCACCAUCUCCUGGCCCUGCAGCCUCCAAGUCCUCCAGUAAACCUGCUCCUGCUGCAGCACCAUCCCCUGGCCCUGCAGCCUCCAAGUCCUCCAGUAAACCUGCUCCUUCUGCAGCACCAUCCCCUGGCCCCGCAGCCUCCAAGUCCUCCAGUAAACCUGCUCCUGCUGCAGCCCCCACCGCUGCACCUGCUGCCCCCGCGGCCUCCACCCCCCCGACUGCACCCACCAGCAGGCCGUCAGCCGGCACCAACAACCCGGAGGAGGCUGCUCGGGUCCUGGCAGAGAAACGCAGACAAGCCCGAGAGCAGCGGGAGAGGGAGGAGCAGGAGCGCGUGGAGCAGGAGAACAGGAACAGGAUCCUGCAGGAGGAGGAGAGGAAGUGCCGAGAAGACGAGGCUCGCUUCAUGGCUGAGCAGCAGUGCCUGAGGGACGAGACCCAGCGCGCAGAGGAGGAGAAGGAGGCGCAGGAGAAGGCCAUAGCCGAGCAGGAGGAGAACGACAAGCAGCAGAGACAGAGGGAGGAGGCUGAAGCCAAGUCCCGCGAGGAGGCCGAGCGUCAGCGCCUGGAGAGAGAGAAACACUUCCAGAAAGAAGAGCAGGAGCGGCUGGAGAGGAAGAAGCGCCUUGAUGAGAUUAUGAAGAGGACUCGGAAAAGUGACGCAGGAGAAAAGAAAGAGGUCAAAGCUUCUCCACAGGUCAACGGCAAGGACUCAGAUCUCAGUAAGGCAGCUGGGAGCCUCCAGAGUCCUGGUGCAGCUGUGUUCAGCCCGUCACAAAGUGUUCCCGCUCCUGUUGCCAACGACGUCCAGCCCGCCGCCCACCAGAACGGCAUCUCAGCCAAUGGAGGGGCGGCCAACUUCGAGGAGAUCAUCCAGCUGAACAACGGAUCCAACCCUGCGCAGAGCGGGCUGGUGGGUGAGCCCAUGCUGGCGUUUGAGGGCGGAGAGCCCUUCCUGAUGAAAACAGGCCCCAUGAAGCCUCAGCAUGUCGCAGGUACGGUGAAGACUCAGCAGCUGAGACUGUGAGGACACAGCCAAGAGGUCCUGUGAGUCCCCACUCAUCUCCAUGGAGACGCGCCUUAUGUCUCUGCUUGAGCUAUGAGAUUCAUGCCAUACCACAGCAGCUUGUAGAAGAAGAAAAAAUGGUGUGCCAAACAAACAAUGAACUGCGCUGAAUUCACAUUUUACAGUAUCUGCCGCAAGAGGACAAAGAGGAGCUUCUCAUCUGAAAAUAUAAAACCAUGCAACAAGUAUUCUUUGUCUUCACCGCGUGUCCUGGUGCAGCAUCUGUCAAGUUGUAUUAUCAAAUGUCACAUGCAGAGUUUAUGGUGCACCUUAAAGAUGACGAACUGUGUAACACAUUUUAGAAAAUACAGUAUAAGAGUCUGGAAAUACAUCAUAUUUGACAAUGGUUGUUAUUAUUACCGUCGUUACGAUAUUGUUAUUGUUAUCUUAAGUUGAACAGUGUGUGCGUGUGUGUGUGUUUGUUGUUUUGUCUUGAAUUACUGAGUUAUUUAACAUGGAGCAUUGUAAGGACUGGCCACAGACAGUGUAUGUAAAUGUAUAAUGAGCCUGGCUGCCUAGGCCUCCUGUUACAGGGGAUCUGUGAAAUAAAGCUUUAUGAAAGGGA